CAUUUCUUUUCAUUAAAUUAACGGGUUAUCAUGGUUACAGUUACAGCUCAGUAACAGUGUUACUUAUCAUGUUACGUUAAAUAACGUCUAUUCAUAGGCAGCAGUUAAUCGACACGUCAGUUAGCAGUAUUAUAUUCAGUACUUACAAUCCACCUGACGAAAAACUUGCUUUGUGGACUGGUUUCUAGUUCAGCCAGUCAUCUCAGUUGAUUACAAUAGAUUACACUUGUAAUACGUAAAAUUAGUGUUUUUGACAGAAAAUUAGUUACGUUUCAUAGUUUGUUAAAACUCAUAUCCAAAUUUUCUUUGAUAACUUGUAGACCUAAUUUUGUUGUACAUUUAAAAUAAAUCAUACUUUUUACUAGAACUAGAAUCUCUAGUUCACAAUAUACAAGAAAUCAUCUAUAGUAACUCUUACGCUUUUUUCAUCAAACAGUUUAACAAUAUUUAUUAUCUAUCAUUAAUUUCCGAUAAACUGCUUAUAUAUUCAAUGAGAAUAAGGUGGCUGUGCUAUAACAUUCUAAUUCCUUUAACAAUUCCUCUUGUAACGUUAUGGUGCUAUUUACACCAAACCAGAUUUAAAGCUCCAGUAUUACCACGGCUUAGAAUUUAUGAAGAUAGAAACAAUGAGAAUGUUAAUAUGAACAACAUUCUAAAGAAACCUGCACAUAACAAUAGAAGAGAAUCAGUCCAUCAAAGAAAAUCUAUUGUUGUCCCUAUUGUUAAUAGAGGUCCCAUAUCACCUCACAGGGAUAAAGAAUUUGAAGCCAUGAUCAGAAGGGAUCUGGCUAAUAUUGUACCUGGAUUGGGAGACAAUGGGACUGCCGUUAAGUUAAGUGGGGAAGAAGCAAAACUCGCCCAACAGGUGAUGAGGAAGGAGGCAAUUAAUCUUGUAGCUAGCAACAAAGUGUCUUAUAACAGGACUGUUGUGGACAAUCGUCAUCCUUUAUGCAAGAGUGUGCAGUAUGAUGAUGAUCUUCCUACUGCAAGUGUAGUAAUCAUCUUUAACAAUGAAGGCUGGAGCUCUCUGAUUCGCACAGUCCACAGUGUACUGAAUCGAUCACCAGCACACUUGCUGAAAGAAAUUAUUCUUGUUGAUGAUAACAGUGAUAGAGAGGAACUGAUGGGGAAGUUGGAAUACUACAUGCGGACUCGUUUACCCAACAAGGUUGUCCUCCACCGACUGACUCAGCGAAGUGGACUUAUUCGAGCUCGUUUAGAAGGGGCUAAAUUAGCUACUGGAGAAGUUCUAGUAUUUCUUGAUGCCCAUUGUGAAGUUGGAACUCAGUGGCUAGAACCACUGCUGCAGCGCAUCAAAGAGAAGCGCACAGCUGUGGUGGUGCCGAUCAUAGACUGGAUAGACGACCUCACACUGGAGUACACCCCCGACGUUGACGGCGGGCUGUUGGUGGAGGUUGGCGGGUUCUCAUGGAGCGGAUUCUUCUCCUGGCAUGACAUAACCGACCGAGAGCUCAACCGCAGACAUUCAGCUAUAGCCCCUGCCUGGUCUCCAACAAUGGCUGGAGGUCUGUUUGCGAUUGAUGCUGACUAUUUUUGGGAGUCAGGAUCAUACGAUGACAAGAUGGACCUUUGGGGUGGAGAGAAUUUAGAGAUGUCAUUCAGGAUUUGGCAAUGUGGGGGGACUCUGGAGACGAUUCCUUGCUCACGAGUGGGCCACAUAUUCCGCUUGUUCCACCCUUACUCAUUCCCAGGACACAAGGACACCCACGGCAUCAACACCGCUCGUACUGUUGAAGUCUGGAUGGACGACUAUAAGGAACUUUUCUAUAUGCACCGACCCGAUCUAAGGAAUGCUGACAUCGGUGAUGUGUCACAACGUAAGGAACUGAGGAAAAGGCUCAAAUGCAAGAGUUUCAAGUGGUAUUUGGAGAACAUUUACCCCGACAAGUUUAUUCUCAAUGAAAAUGUCCAGGCGUAUGGAAGGCUUAUAAAUGAAGCAACACACUUAUGUUUUGACACUCUUCACGGUGAACUGAAUCCAGACUAUAACGUAGGAAUCUACACUUGCGACGGAACCAUCAUCGGUGGCCAGCUGUUUUCACUUAGCAAUGAUGGACAAAUAAGACGUAACGAAUUGUGUGCAUCUAUCAUUUCUUCUAAUGUGAUUAAAAUGAAGAAAUGCUCACCACUAUCAAAGACACAAAUCUGGAGGCUGACCAAGAACGGUCACUUGCGUAAUGACGCCAUGGAGCUGUGUCUGGAUGCAGAGUCACUAGGGGUGGGUGACACACUGAAGGCCAGCAAGUGUAACAACAGCCCCACCCAGAUCUGGUCCUGGGAUUACUAUUCUCCUCAUCUCCUCAGGCUGCUGACAUAUAACUUGAUGCUGCUAACCUUGUAAUGCUGGGAUGUGUGUUACAGAACGGUCACUUGCGUAAUGACGCCAUGGAGCUGUGUCUGGAUGCAGAGUCACUAGG